ACAGACAGAUGCUGCAAAUUAUGGCGUCGGUCUCAAGAAUACGAUUUCCUGUUUCACAUCUGUGGUCCCCUCCCGAUGUGCUGGUUCCCCUUCAGCCCAGACUCAUGUCUGGGGGCUGGGUGACUUGGCAUCUAUGGGCCUGGGAGAGAAGGACGCAGAAUCUACAGUCGGAACCGGAGGAGGAGCCUGAUGUGGGAACCACAGUGACACGCCUUGAGCUGGGACCUGGCCAGCCCACACCUUCCAAGGGCUGUAUCAAGUGUGAAGCGCCCUGCCCAGAGGACUGGCUGCUCUAUGGAGGAAAAUGCUACUUCUUCUCUGAGGAACCGAGAGACUGGAACACGGGCAGACAGUACUGCCACACCCACGAGGCCGCGCUGGCUGUGGUUCAGAGCCAGAAGGAGCUGGAAUUUAUGUUCAAGUUCACGCGGAGGGAACCCUGGAUUGGCCUGCGCAGAGUGGGGGAUGAAUUCCACUGGGUCAAUGGGGAUCCGUUUGAGCCGGACACAUUCCCCGUCGCGGGCCUGGGGGAGUGUGUCUUCGUGGAGCCCACAAGGCUGGUGUCGACGGAGUGUCUGAUGACCCGGCCCUGGGUGUGCAGCAAGAUGGCCUACACAUGAGGUGGGUCAGGCCAGUGGCGCCCUCCAGCGCGGCCAGACCUGCUGCCCCAGUCUCCUCCGCGAGGCGAAGCAGAGAGGAGGGUGGCCUCCGCCCCGGCCCCCUGCAAGGCCCAUGGGCCCUGGGUCCUGGUCUCCUUGGCCCCAGGCAGGUCCUGUGGCUCAGCAAUGCCACAUGCUUAGUAGUGUAGGCACCUGGCCCCCAGUGCGCGCACACACACACGCAAGCGCGCAGUCCCCUGGUGCUGACCGAGCGUCACUGUCCACACACACACAGCACCUCCCCGCAGCCUCCAAGCCAUUUCUCUCCUGGUUCCUGGGG